AUCGAUUCAUCUUUAGAUGCACUAUUUCGUUGUUCUGGCUUCCAGAGCCAUUUCGCCCUUUAAACAGAACACGGAAGGAAGGUCCUUCGACAAAAAAAAACGUUAAGACUCAUUUAGUCCGAUAUUGGUCGAGGUUACCCGAAGCAAACUUGUAACGAUGUAAUGGAGAAACGAAAAAACAAACAUCUGUGCGACAGUCUCAAUUAUGUUAAUAUAUGUAGAGACAAUCUUUAACGAUACAUUUUUUUACACAUUUCAAUGGGCUGAUGUUAAUGCAGAAAAUAUGUGCACUAAUAUUAGGAGCGGAAAAAAAACAAACACAUUUUUUGAGAAGAUGCACCUGCAGACCGCGCCUAGUCGGUUGCUUGGAGACGAGUGAAGAUGUAACAUAUGUGUGUAGUAACUCCACUUGUUUCAGAGGUCUUCGAGCUAGAUAACAAUACAUCUAUUCAUAUACAUUGUAAAUUAUACAUUUUCUUGACAUAUUUUUGCAUGUAGGUUGGGAUGAAUCGCACGGUUCAAGGACAUUGCUUGCAUGCCACUUCGCCAGCCCGUGCCCCUGAUCUGAAUGAAGGCUGCGUCCAUGGCCAGCAAUGACGUUAUUUCCUGGGGGGUGGCAGUGGGAGCAAAGUACUGCAGUUCUAGGGAACAGUGUAUGCAAGUCUGACAUGUGAGCAUUUGGUCCGGAACAACCUGCUGCACUAAUUCCACAUUGUACGAAUUUAAUCGCAUGAAGAACUGUUUUUUUUUUUUGUGUGUGUUUGUGUGUGUGUGUUUUUAUUUUUUAUUUUUACCAUCGCACUUCAAGACAAAUUCCUUCUUUUUUUUAUUCAGAUAGGUAUAUAUUUUUGUACCGCCUCGGUUCGUGUGGACGUUUAGGCAGAUUCAUAACGAAGCAUGGCGGAGAGAAGUGGCCGGUUGAGCUUCGGUGGCGGGGCGCUCAACAGACCGGUGCCAAUGAACCUGUUCGCCACAUGGGAAAUAGAUGGAUCGUCCCCGAGUUGUAUCCCGAGGUUGUGCAGUCUGACUCUGAAGAGGUUGGUGGUCCUGAGGGAGCUGGAUAAGGAGCUCAUCUCUGUGGUCAUCGCUGUCAAAAUCCAGGGUUCCAAGAGGAUCCUGAGGUCCCAUGAGAUAGUGCUGCCCCCUAGUGGCUCAGUGGAGACUGACUUGGCUCUCACCUUCUCACUGCAGUACCCUCACUUCCUGAAGAGAGAGGGUAACAAGCUCCAGAUCCUGCUGCAGAGGAGGAAGAGAUACAAGAACCGGACUAUCCUGGGAUACAAGACCCUGGCUGUAGGAACCAUCGAUAUGGCUGAGGUGAUGCAGCACCCUACGGAGGGGGGCCAGGUUCUGUCUCUGUGCAGUAACCAGAAGGAGAUGCUGGGUAAAGUAGCUGAGAUCUGGAUCUUCUCACUGUCCAGUCAGCCGAUAGACCACGAAGAGGCCGCUCUGCAGGAGGGAACCAAGAUCAAAUGCUCAGAUACCUAUUCAGAGGAGGAGUAUGAGAGUUUCUCUUCAGAGCAAGAGGCCAGCGAUGAUGCUGUUCAGGGUCAGGACCUUGAGGAUGACGAGUAUGAUGUGAGGAAACCAAAGAAGCACAGGAGGUCUAUCGUGAGGACUGCCUCAAUUACCAGGCAGCAGAACUUUAAACAGAGACUGGUGGCCCUGAUCAAGAGGUUCCGAGUCUCAGACGAGGUGUUGGACUCGGAGCAGGACCCGGCAGAACCCCCUCCAGAGGUAGAGGAGGAUCUGGACCUCGAGAGUCUGGACCUAGAGAACCCCAGUGACAGUGGACCGGAACUAGACGAUGACGACAGUGUCCUCAGCACCCCGAAACCUAAACUCAAGCCGUAUUUUGAGGGUCUCUCCCUCUCCAGUUCUCAGACAGAUAUUGGCAGCGUCCACAGCAGUCGGAGUCACCGAGAGCCACCAAGUCCGAUGGACCCAGACAAGACUAAGAGCAGUGGAGACAAAUUCCAGGCGGACAAUGUCUCAGAUAACGCUUCUCUUCAGGAGGAGCAACCAGAGGCAGUGACCCCCACUACAGAGCUGGAGAUGGACAACAUGGACACCUUCCUGGAGAAACUGCCCCCUACUGGCAAGAUGAAGAAGACCGAGUCCCUCAUCAUCCCUUCCAACAGGUGGCAGGAAGCUAAAUUGGCAGGGAGGAGAGGGAGAAGUACUUCCCUAAAGGAGCGCCAGCCCAACAGACCACAGAACGAGAGAGCCAACAGCCUGGAUAACGAACGCUUGCUCGACACACGCUGCCAUCUACAGAUCCCCAGGAAGACUGUGUAUGACCAGCUGAACCACAUCCUGGUGUCUGACCACCAUCUACCUGACAGCAUCAUCCUCAUCAACACAUCUGAUUGGCAGGGCCAGUAUCUGUCAAGUGUUCUCCAGAACCAGCACCUCCCAGUGGUGUGUACCUGUACUACAGCAGACAUCCAGGCCGCCUUCAACACCAUCGUCUCACGCAUACAGAGAUUCUGUAACUGUAACAGCCAGACACCCAUCCCCAUAAAGAUAGCUGUGGCUGGGGCCCAGCACUACCUCGGUGCAGUCCUCAGGCUGUUUGUAGACCACCUCUCUUACAAGACCCCUGAUUGGCUGGGCUACAUGAGGUUCCUCAUCAUACCACUAGGGUCUCACCCAGUCUCCAAGUACCUGGGUACCAUCGACUAUCGAUACAACAGUUUAUUCCAGGACACUGCGUGGAGUGACCUGUUUUACAAGCCAGAAGCACCCGUCAUGAUGCAGGAGAGCCCAGACGUGGUUUCCAGGGUAACCCAGUAUAUGGUCGGGGCCAACGGAGCUCACCAACUCCCCAUCGCUGAGGCCAUGCUCACAUACAAACAGAAGAGGAAAAAGAGCUUUCAUUUUGAUUUUGCAGUAAGCCCCGAUGAGGACUCGUGUCAGAAGUUCAUUCCCUUUAUCGGAAUGGUGAAAGUUGGCAUCGUGGAGCCGUCAUCUGCAACAUCAGGUGACUCUGACGAUGCAUCCCCCAUGGGGAUGGUUUUCCACUCCUCCACCCCUCCUCAGGUGUCCCCUGCCCUGAAGGAAGCCUCACCCACCCCUCCCUCCUCCCCCUCCGUCAACACAAGCUUCAGUUCCUACGGUUCUCCCCAGGGGGAGCUGAUGGGACUACAGGUGGACUACUGGGUGGCUCCCUCCCCGGCUGACAGGAAAAGAGACGUGGAGAAAAGGGACUCGUCCUCCUCUAAGAACACUCUGAAGUGUACGUUCCGCUCGCUGCAGGUCAGCAGGCUCCCCCAGGCCGGGGCUCAGCCACAGCCCGCCAUGUCCAUGACUGUCGUCAUGAAGGAGAAGAACAAGAAAGUCAUGUUCCUGCCAAAGAAGACUAAAGACAAGGAUGUGGAGUCUAAGAGCCAGGUGAUCGAUGGCAUCAGUCGACUAAUCUGCACUGCGAAGCACCAGCAGACCAUGCUGAGGGUGCUGAUUGACGGCGUGGAGUGGAAUGAUGUCAAGUUUUUCCAGUUGGCGGCACAGUGGUCGUCACACGUCAAACAUUUCCCCAUCGGGAUCUUUGGACACACUAAAGGGCCUUACUAACAGGCCCCGCAGGCAGCAACUAGAACUAGUAUCCAUAGAGACCGUUGCCACAGUAGCGACCGUUGCCACAGUCCACAGUAGCGACCGUUGCCACAGUAGCGACCGUUGCCACAGUAGCGACCGUUACCAUAGACACUCAUCUGGAACUGAGGACGACGCCCCCGCUCUCAUGUGCCAAUAGCCUUUAACGUCCCAGCUCCGGGCUUUGCACUGCCCCGCCCCCCCAGUUUGCACUGCCCCGCCCCCCCAGUCUGCACUGCCCCGCCCCCCAGUCUGCACUGCCCCCCCACCCGCACAUCAUAGCCUGGUCCCAGGUCUGUUUGUGUUGUCUUGUCAACGAUUUGCUUGACAUUGACCUUAGGAGUUGGCAAGACAGCACAAACGGAUGUGGGACCCAAUGUCUUAAUUUAAGCUCCAGCUUUCCCUUGUGUUUUAUGUUAAUACGUUUCUGUGUGUUUGUUUUCUUCUAUAUGUAUAUUAUAAACCUUCCCGAGGCAAGGCUGUCAAGGGGACAUUUUGUUUUCUCACCAAGCUUUAAAAAAAAAAAAUUUAAAAACCUGCUGAUGUUUUUUUUAAAAAAACGAGCAGAAACCUAACGAAAUAAUAAUUUGAUAAAUUAACUCAUUAACUCCUAAAAAGCGAGUGCUCAACUUUUCGGCCCCCUCCCUCUCUUUUUUUUUAAUGUGGCGAAGAUGGAUCGUUUCAAACACUUUGCCAGGCACAAAUUAGCUAGAUAACUCUUUGUUAAGAUGACUUCGUAACCAAAGGCCCUGAAAUGGCUGGUGGAGAAGGGAGGAUGGAGGGUGGUAGAGGAUGACAACACAGAAGAGAUUACUUAUCUUGUAAGGCUGGAAGAAGGAUGGAUCUGGAUCCUCAAAUGAAAUGACUUUAUUAAGCCUAGACAGCCCUAGUCCUGGGGUGUCUUCACUAGGAACUAAAUAGAAACAAACGGAACGGAGAGGGACCUACCUUAAUUUGUCCAACAGGAACUUUUGUUUUCAUAACAAAACAUUCUCCAUUGUGAAACUUUUUUGCUACAGUGUGCACUAAUGAAUACUCCCCUAAUGACAGUGGCUCCUGUUAUAGCCCUCUGCACUCAUCAGAUGUAGCCGGCUACUGAGACUCUCUGCACUCAUCGGAUGUAGCCGGCUACUGAGACCCUCUGCACUCAUCAGAUGUAGUCGGCUACUGAGACUCUCUGCACUCAUCAGAUGUAGUCGGCUACUGAGACCCUCUGCACUCAUCAGAUGUAGCCGGCUACUGAGACCCUCUGCACUCAUCAGAUGUAGCCGGCUACUGAGACCCUCUGCACUCAUUGGAUGUAGCCGGCUACUGAGACUCUCUGCACUCAUCGGAUGUAGCCGGCUACUGAGACCCUCUGCACUCAUCAGAUGUAGUCGGCUACUGAGACCCUCUGCACUCAUCGGAUGUAGCCGGCUACUGAGACCCUCUGCACUCAUCGGAUGUAGCCGGCCACAGAGACUCUCUGCACUCAUCGGAUGAAGACUGAAAUGUGCAAUAGAAUUAGCCUGAAAUCCAGACCUGUUUUGUGUUAAUAUUCCACACCUUGUACUCCAUGUCAUAUGUUUGGCAAUCACAAGGAGUGGCAAGGAGUGGAAUGAUGGUACAAACAGACAGGUACCAGGCUACGAUAUACUAUAUACGUCCUGUACAUCCAAUCAAUUAAAUGUAAAUGCAACUCAUCAUUGAGAUGGCACUGACCCGGCAAUGACAAAUGGUUGAUGCAUAUCUUGCACUCUAUCCUGUCCUCUCUCUCUCUAUCCUGUCCUCUCUCUCUGUUUCCUGUCCCCUGUCCCCUUUCUCUCUCUAUCCUGUCCCCUCUCUCUCUAUCCUGUCCCCUCUCUCUCUAUCCUGUCC